AUGAAUAAUAAUGAUAAAAAGUUUAAUCUCACAGAAGGUUCUGUUAGUCUUCACAGCGUGAAUUUAAUAGGUAGUGCUGACUUACCCACAGAUAAAGAAGAUGAAACUGUGUUUUAUAACAGUGCACAAGUGUUUAAUAGAGAUUUAACGUUAUUAAUAAUAAAGUGUUAUGCAGAAAAUGUCAUUCAAAGUAAGAUAGAAAAAUACGAAAAGUCACAUGACAGAACUUACAUGCCUGCUAUUUUCGAGGGGGUAACGCUCUGUGAAGGUUUGGCAGCGUCUGGGCUUCGCUCAAUGCGAUGGGCCAAAGAAUUGCCUGCCAGCUAUGUGAGAAAAGUUGUCACUUGCGAUUUAGACCCUACUGCUGUCGCAACUGCUAAGCUGCAACGCGACUUGAACGAAAUUCCAGCUUCAUUGAUGGAAAUUCAGCAAGGGGACAUUAACUACUUACUUUUCAAAAAUAAAUAUGAAAACAAUAUCAAAUUUGAUGUUAUUGAUCUUGAUCCGUACGGCAGUAUUGCUCCAUUCCUCGACAGUGCAAUAUCCAACAUUAAGGACAGAGGUCUGCUUUGCGUCACCUCGACUGAUAUGUGCGUACUUGGAGCAAACAUUCCUGAAGUUUGCUUUUCAAAAUAUUAUGGUACUGCCACCAAACGACCAUUUUUACAUGAAGCUAGCGUACGUAUAGUUCUAAACGCAAUGCGAGUAGUGGCAGGAAAAUAUGGAAAAUUCAUUAAACCACUGAUAAGCUUGUCAGUAGACUUUUACGUUAGGAUCUUUGUUUUAGUUUUGAAUAAGCCUUCACUAUGUAAAUCUAACGCUUACCAGACAGGAAAAACUUUUCCGAAAAUUUCUGGUUUGCUUAACGUUAUCAAGGAAGAUUUAGACGAUAUUCCGCUGUUCUACAGUUUGCCCUUGAUAUGUAAAAAUAUGAAACUGUCAGUUCCCAAGCAAAAAUUGCUUUUGAGUGCGUUGCUGAACAUAGGCUACAGGAUCGGACUGUUCCACAGAGAGCCCUUGAGCAUAAAAACAGAUGCCCCAUUUUUCGUACUUAAGGACUUAAUUCAUUACUGCAUAGAAUUCACCAACCCGGCUAACGCUACAAAAGAUUACAAAAUCAGUACAAUUAGAAUAUAA